AUGGGAAACAACAACGCAACCGCCAAUUUAACAGAAGAAGAAAGCACAAAGCUAGAAACCAAUGGAAUGUCUCCGUUGGAGAAUGUUCCCGUGGAGACCACGCAAGAUCAGGUGUUUCUUGUAGGUGAAGGCAAAGAUGGAGAUAAACAGAGGGAGAGCUUCUCUGAUGGUGUUACAGGUAAAGAGACUCCUGAAACAGAACCACAAAGCAAGGAAUUAGAUAAAGAUCCACAAGUGACCAAGGUUGAAGAAGAUAUGAGUCGCAAUGGCUUGGUAACGGAAACCGAUGAGCAGCUACAUAAAAAUACAUCAGUUGGAGAAGGUGUUGAAACUGUGUGUGAACCGACAAAAUGGGAAGAGUUCAAUGAAACUGCUGGAACUGAAGAAAAGCUGGUCAUGAAUGAGUCUCUAGAAGAAACUGCUCCUGCAGGGAACGUUGUAAGGCUUGAUCAAGAGAUCUGUAUGGAACAAAGAACAUGGUUUCCUGAAAUCGAGCCCCAGGAGAUUCUGAAUCUGGACAGUGGCGUUCUUGAUGAUGAAGUUAUAAAUGAAGGAAAAGCUGACAAGGAGAUCUCUGAACCUGGUUCACAAGGAUCAAACGCGAUCGGUUUUGAAGAUUAUAAGGAAGAGAAGGACAUGGAGAUAGCAAGAGAAGCAGCAAGUCUGAAACGCAUGUCUCGAUGCAGAUCUCUACCAGUGAGGAACAAUAGUAGAGUUAAGGGAGACUCGCCGGUUCAAGGAUUGGUUUCAGAGGUUGCGUAUCCUUCAAGAAACAAAACGGGUUUCGAUAAAGCCAAAACGUCAGACAUUCUGCCUGUUUCUUGCCAAACAAGCAACAAAGGGCAAGAAACUACUAAAGCAAUAAAUGAAAGCAGCAAAGAAGCUAAACUUGAGAUGCGAUCUCCCAGCUUUAGUAAUGAUCUAAGAAUCGAGGAAAGGAGCAAUGAGCCGACAGAAGAAACUCCUUUACUCUCUCAAGACAAGACUGAGAAAUACAAGGCAACACUUGAUGUGGAAGAGGAAGCUGUAAUGCUGAAGAGAAGCGAGACUGAGAAAAUAAGAGGCUUUGAGUUGUCUCUAGGGUUGUCGAUGAACCUCAGUGGGAGAUGUGACGCAGAUGAUAGCUUCAAAGAAACCGAGAGCUCAGAAGAUAACUUGCUAGAGGAAAAACGUAACAUGUCUGAGACUCUGCUUGUUUCUUGUGUAGGAAGCAAAAAGGCAGAAGAUACUAAUGAUGUGAUAAGUGAAAGAAACAAAGGAGAUGUACUUGAGAUGCGGUCACCGAGCUCUGGAAAUGACCUAAGAACCAAAGAAAGAAGCGGUAAAUCUACAGAGGAAACUUCUUUACUCUCGCAGGAUAAGACUGAGGCAUACAACUCAACACCCAAUGUGGAAGAGAAAACCGUGAUGCUAAAGAGAAGUGAGACUGAGAAACUAAGAGGCUUUGAGUUGUCUCUAGGGCUGUCCAUGAAUCUCAGUGGGAGAUGUGACGGAGAUGGUAGCUUCAAAGAAAUCAAUAGCUCAGAAGAUAACUUGGGGGACAAGGAAGCUAACACGUCUGAGACUCUCUUUGUUUCUUGUGUAGGAAGCAGCAGCAGCAAAGCGCAAGAAGCUUCGUUACUUUGUCAAGACAAGACAGAGACAUAUGAGGCAACAAUUGAUGUGGAAAAGAAAACUGUGAUGCUGAAGAGAAGUGAGUCUGAGGAAACAAGAGGCUUUGAGUUGUCUCGAGAGUUGUCCAUGAAACCUGGUGAGAGAUCCGAGGCAGAUGAUAGCCUGAAAGAAAACAAAGACUCAGGAGACAACUUGCUGGACAAGAAAGCUUCUUGGGGUUCUAUGAGAGGCAGAGUCAGAAAAAGGAGCAAAUCUUCGCUAUUUGGAACAUGCCUCUGCUGCAACAUUGCAAUGAAUUGA